AUGGCGCCCGACCCACUGAUGCAGAUGAAUACGUAUCGGUCGUACGUGACUAUGCUGGCCGAUCCAGUGUCAAAAGAUGAACUGAAGCUGAAAGCGGCUCAGGAACUGUCGGAGAACUUCGAGAUUAUUAUGUGUUCGACGCAAUACCCGGCAUUUCUCGAUCACAUGAUGAAGAUCUUCUUGAAGAUACUGCAAGAGGGAGAGCCGCAUUUCAUAUCGGAGUACAACAUCCAGCAAGUGAGAAAGCUGAUUCUGGAGAUGAUACACCGAUUACCCAGCAACGAGUACCUGCGUCCAUACGUUAGACAAAUCUUGACUCUGAUAUCUAAAUUGCUCGAAACGGAUAACGAAGAGAACGUCUUGGUGUGUCUGCGCAUCAUUAUCGAGCUUCACAAGCAAUAUAAGCCGACAUUUAAUCCAGAGAUACAAUAUUUCCUGCAAUUCGUCAAGUCGGUGUACAGCGAGUUACCAAAGAAUCUGCCAAAAAUAUUCGAGCCGCGGCCUCCGCUUCGCGUGAAGGAUCUGUCGGAGAUUAACAUAGAAGCUCUUCUGAAGGAAACGUUCACAAUUACGGCGAUACAAAGCGAGAAGAAGGCAGCUGACGGCACUGUAUUGACAUACAACUUAAUCCCAAAGGCGGUGAUGUCGCUCAAAGUACUUCAGGAAUUGCCGAUAAUUGUGGUGUUGAUGAAUCAAUUGUACAAGCAGAACGUACAUCAAGACGUGUCGGAUUUCAUUCCGAUCGUCAUAACGACUAUAUCGUUGCAACCGAGUCCUCAACAUCGCGCGUCCCCUGGAUUCAACAAAGAAGUCUUUGUUGACUUCAUGGGCGCUCAAAUAAAAACUCUUUCAUUUCUGGCGUACGUGAUAAGAGUAUAUCAGGAAGUGAUAACGCAGCACAGUCAGAUGCUGGUGAAAGGCAUUCUCGGUUUAUUUACGCUAUGUCCCAUGGAAGUCGCUCAUUUGCGGAAAGAAUUAGUCAUCGCAUCGAGACACAUUCUCGCCACGGACCUGCGUAAUCAAUUUAUUCCACACAUGGAAUAUUUCUUCAACGAGAAUAUCUUCAUCGGACAUGGUUGGACAACUCAAGAGGCCCUUCGGCCGUUGGCGUAUUCGACGCUCGCGGAUCUAGUUCAUCAUGUUAGACUGUUGUUACCUUUAAGCGAUGUCUCCCAUGCGGUUCAUCUGUAUAGUAAAAAUUUAUUGGACCCUAGCCUACCGACUACAGUGCAAAUGGUUUCUUGUAAAUUGCUGAUGAACCUGGUGGACACAGUACGACAAAGGUCUGAUGCGGAAAACAGCACACAGGGGCGGGAAUUGCUGAUGCGCAUACUUCUGGUCUUCGUUUUGAAGUUCAAAGUUCUCUCUAAGAUCUACAUCCCGAUCCUGCGGAACAAAACGAAGCAGCUGCGAGCCAACGCAACGGCAGACGCAUCUGCAACGGAGGACACUCUUAAGAACAUCGUCGAGCUGACCGAAGAAAAGGAACUCGGAAAGUCAAAGUUUGGUUUUCCAAAUUGGCAAGUUAUGAGUUAUAAUGUUGCCGACUAUCGUAACCUAGUGAAAAGUUUGGUACACGGAGCCAAGGCUAUCACAGCAAACUGCGUGAAUAGUAGAACGGGAGGAGAGGCAACACAAUCGAAUCAGUUACAGCCGAAAGAAACUCUUAUCUACAUUCAGCUUGUCAAGUGGGCGUUACCUGCCUUGGACAUUUAUACCAUCGGCUCCACAGUCGUUGGCACUCCUGUGCAACCAGGUAGACCGGCGCAAGCUCAAACUAUUAGGACACGGGAGGAGAAAGAAGUGUUGGAAUUAUUCGGCAACAUAUUCACACAGAUGAAUCCUCAUACCUUUCAAGAGAUAUUUUCCCUCUCUGUGGACUACAUGGUUGAGAGGAUCUUCAAGAACAGCGCGUUACAGAUAAUCGGUAGUGCAUUUCUUUCGAGUCCGACCAUAUCGUCCAGGUUUGCCACGAUAUUGGUGCAAUAUUUAUUAGAAAGGAUGAACGAUAUGGGAUCGAACGUUGAACGAAGUAAUCUGUACCUACGAUUAUUCAAAUUAGUGUUCGGCAGUGUGUCCCUUUUCCCAGCUGAAAAUGAGCACAUGCUUCGACCCCACUUGAAUCAAGUGGUCAAUCGUGCCAUGGAGCUCGCUAUGUCAGCGAAAGAACCUUACAAUUAUUUCCUCCUUCUGAGAGCGCUGUUUCGAUCCAUCGGGGGUGGGUCGCACGACUUGCUCUACCAAGAAUUUUUGCCUCUACUGCCGAAUAUGCUAGAGGGACUGAACAGAUUGCAGUCCGGCUUACAUCGACAACACAUGAAGGAUCUAUUCGUCGAACUUUGUUUAACGGUGCCGGUCAGAUUGAGUUCCCUGCUGCCUUACUUACCGAUGCUUAUGGAUCCGUUAGUAUCUGCUCUCAACGGGAGUUACUGCCUUGUUAGUCAAGGCCUGCGUACUUUAGAAUUAUGUGUCGAUAAUUUGCAACCUGAUUUCUUAUACGAACACAUCCAGCCAGUCCGUGCAGACUUAAUGCAAGCUCUCUGGAGGAUCUUACAUAACUCCACGGACCAAGCGCACGUCGCAUUCCGUGUUCUGGGGAAGUUUGGCGGUGGCAACCGCAAGAUGAUGAUAGAGCCUCAAAAGUUACAGUACAACGACCGCGAGACCAGUUCUCCCACGGUAGUGAUUUAUCUUCAAGGACCCAAGAAGCCGUUCGACUUCUCCAUGGAGAAGGUAAUCGAGACGGCGUAUAUUGCCUUAAAGUCCAGUACUACAGACUUAUAUUACCGCAAACAAUGCUGCGAGGUUGUCAACUGCUACCUGGCGGCGACCCUGAGACUCGACGAUGUCGGCAACAUACUACACAAGCUGUUCACGCACCCGAGCUUCCAAGAGGGCGAGAUUAGUUUCUGCCACGCGUCCAGUCAGUACAAAUGCCCCGACACCGUGGCGCGCGACGUCCAACAAACCGCGGUGACGAGUCUCUUCAUCGCCGCGGAGACCAAGGAGCUCAGACCCCUGGUAAUCGGCAUGGUGAUCUCCAUCGUCAGGCACUAUACGAUGAUCGCCAUCGCCCAACAGGCUGGUCUGUUCUCGUGGACGGAACGCGACAUUCGCAUGCAAGGUCAGGAUCCGCUGGUGCUGGUCGACGCGCUCGCCUCCAUCAUGUCGCACGAGGAGAAAGACCUGCACAGAAUGGCGUACCUGGUACUUAUGUUAAUAUUAGACACGGCGACGAAAAUCCUUGGCUCGAAGGAACGAGCCUGCCGGCUGCCCAUCAUAGAAUAUGCUGCGGACAGGAUGUGCAUGUUGUGCUACGAGCGCGCCUGGUACACGAAACUUGGCGGUUGCAUCGGCAUCAAGUUCCUCACCGAACGGAUGGCCAUCAAGUGGGUGCUCGACCACCAGUUCAUGUUCCUCAGGGCCCUCAUCUUCGUGAUGAUGGACCUGACCGAUGAAGUAUCGAACGGCGCCAUCGACAUGGCGAAGACCAGUCUGGACAGGAUGAUAAGGAUCUGUGUAGACCCCAGCAUUCAAGAGGGCAAUGCGGAGCUGUUGGACGCUCGCAACAAGGGUGUCCAUGACGUCACUCGCGAAUUGGUGAGACAGGUGACGUCACCGCAUACUAUCGUGCGAGAGCAAGCCAUGGCGUCCUUGCGCCAACUUGCCGAGAUCCAAAACAAGACCGUAACGGAAGUGAUGGAGCCUCACAAGGAGGUUUUGGCUGACAUGAUCCCACCUAGGAAACAUUUAUUAAGACAUCAGCCAGCGAACGCACAAAUUGGCUUGAUGGACGGGACGACAUUCUGCACCGCCUUGAAUCCACGUCUCUUCACUAUCGAUCUGAAAGUGGCAGAGCACAAAGUGUUCUUUCAAGAACUAUUGGGCCUCUGUGAGGCCGAGGAGACGCAGUUGGCGAAGCUGAGCUGUUACAAGUCCGUGACGAAUCUGAUGCCUCUGAGGAAAUCGGCGCUGCGUGCACUUGCAGCCACUCACUACAUCUCCGAGUGUCGCGAGAAGAUCUUUGCAGUUCUGUACAAAGCAUUGGAGAAGUCAAACGGCGAACUGCAAGAAGCCGCCUUCGAAUGUAUGCGAACGUUCAUCUCUGGUUUUCAAGUCGAUAUGGAGCUGGUGCACACAACAAUGCGGCCGAUGUUACUCACCUUGGGAGAUCACAGGAAUCUUAGUCUAAAUUGCGUCAAGAGGCUGUCCUACUUGACGCAGCUCUUUCCAAGCACCUUUAGCAUCACCCUCUGUGAACAGUUACUACAACAUCUGAAGAAACUCCUGGAGAACCUCAUUCAGUCUCAGAAAGGUAUACUGAAGACCGGUGAAAACGAACAAAAGAUUACCACCAUCAUCGGGAUAUUUCACGAGAUCCCAGCGGCUACUCCAAAAUUCAUCGACCUGCUGUGCCGAUUGGUCCUGCAUACGGAGAAGACUUUAUUGGUGGAGGUAUCUAGUCCCUUCAGAGUGCCUCUGAUGAAGUUCCUCUUACGUUAUCCAGCUGAUACCCUCAACCUGUUUCUGCACGACAAUAACAUCAAGGACCAACAAUGGAGCCGGUACCUGGAGUAUCUCAUAAAGCACAAGGAUGGUAAACCGAUCAGAGACAUUUUACACAACAGUACAGGCAGACUCGUCGCAAUGUUGCUUGCACAUUCGCAAACCAACUCGAACUUGACUCACAUGGAGAAAAGCGAACUGCAGUACCGUGCGAUUAAAAUAAUCGCCUUGCUCAUCCGGUUCGACGAGCAGUGGCUUUCCACGCAGACUCAGCUAGUAGGCGCUUUGAAGCGGAUCUGGUGCAACGACGAUUAUCAGGCGCUGCACAAGAAGGUCGAGAACGUGGAGUAUUACCAUUGGAAAGAGCCGAAGCUGAUCGUCAAGAUCCUGCUGCACUACUUCCGCCAGCAGCCCAACGACAUUGACUUGCUGUUUCAAUUGCUGCGAGCCACUUGCGACCGCUUCGUGCCAGACUUCCAGUUCUUGCGGGACUUCCUGGAGAACACAGUGGCGCAGGAGUAUACCGUGGAGUGGAAGCGGAGCGCGUUCUUCCGCUUCGUCGAGCACUUCCCCACAAACAACUUGUCGCAGGAGCUCAAGGCCAACGUGCUGCAGCUCAUCAUCAUCCCGUGCUUCGCGGUGAGCUUCGAGCGGGGCGAAGGCACGAAGUUAGUCGGCGGGGCUCCGAUGCCUUACCAGGACAACCCGGAGAACGUGGUCUCAGUGUUCAUCAGCAAGAUCAUCGACCCGGAUAACCCGUUCGGCUCGGCCGAUUGCGUGCGCAUCUCCCUGCUGCAGUUCUCGUGCCUGCUCGUCGAGCAAGCGUCGCAGCACAUCCAUGAUGUCACCAACAAGCGACAAGGCAAUAAGUUGCGCCGACUGAUGACGUUCGCAUGGCCAUGCUUGUUAGGAAAGAAUUGUGUGGAUCCUACCACAAGAUACCAUGGUCAUCUGCUUCUCAGUCAUAUCAUAGCGAAAUUCGCUAUACACAAACGCAUAGUACUGCAAGUAUUUCAUAGCCUUCUGAAGGCACACGCUGUAGACGCCCGGAAUGUCGUAAGACAGGCUCUGGAGAUAUUGACCCCGUCAAUGCCAGUUCGCAUGGAGGAUGGUAAUACGAUGUUAACUCAUUGGACGAAGAAGAUCAUAGUUGAGGAAGGACAUUCCAUGCAGCAGCUGUUUCACAUCUUACAAUUGGUUGUGCGGCAUUACAGAGUAUAUUAUCCAGUCAGACAUCAUCUGGUACAGCAUAUAGUAAAUUCCAUUCAGCGUUUAGGUUUUAGUCCGACUGCGACGAUUGAGCACAGGAAACUCGCGGUCGAACUAGCAGAAGUGAUCAUCAAAUGGGAAUUAUAUAGAAUCAAGGAAGAAGCUGAGGUCGCCGACGGCAAUAGCGGUAACAGAUCGAGUGCAAGCACGUUGAAGCGACAGGUGACAUCCGACGAUUCGACCAAGCGUCUAGCCAACCAGUCACCGUCUACCAGCAUGUGCAUGCCUCUCACGGCGUCCAAGACGGAGUCGAUGAAAGCGAUAGACCGAGUUCAUUCGGACGCCAUUUUGAACUUUUUGCUGCGUUUGGCGUGCCAAGUAAAUGACGUCUCCUCAAUUCAUGGUAAUCCCGGUGAACUGUUGUCGAAACGAUGUGUGAAUCUUUUAAAGAUGGGAUUAAAACCUGACAUAUGGACGGAACUGUGCGACUUGAAGUUAGUCUGGCUCGAUAAGGUGCUGACAAGCGUGGACAGUGCGCAGCCGAAUUACGGGAACAUCAGCACUGCCCUGGACGUGCUAACAUUCUUGUUAGGGGUAAUGAAACGCGAGCAGAUACUCGCGAGCUUCAAGCCGCUGCAACGUGGGAUCAGCUCUUGUAUAGCAAGCAGUAACACCAAAAUAAUACGUUUGGUACACGGCCUAUUGUCUAGACUAAUGACUCUUUUCCCAGCGGAGCCAACGUCGUCGAACGUUUGCUCCAAGCAUGAAGAAUUGGACACAUUGUAUACGGCGGUAGGUAGAUUCAUAGCCGACGGUCUCACGACAUAUGAGAAAUCCACUGCCGCUACACCCAGUUCAUUAUUCGGCACACUGAUGAUGCUGAAGGCGGCCUGCACGAACAACCCAAACUACAUCGACCGUAUGAUCACGCCUUUUAUGAGAGUGCUACACCGCAUGGCUAAGGAACAUUUACACAGUUCCACCCAAGCUGAAACUAAUCCGGUUGGGAGUGAACUGCUCAUCCUGAGCAUGGAUCUCGUUAAGAACCGGGUGGUAGUGAUGGGUGCUGAAAUGCGAAAAUCUUUCAUUGGUACCAUACUGGUUAGCCUUAUCGAGAAGACGCAGGACAUCAAGGUGAUGAAGGCCAUCACGAAGAUGUUGGAGGAAUGGAUGAAAAGCAAGAGCACGAUCGCGAUGAAUCAGACACCAACUCUGCGCGAGAAGACGAUACUUUUGUGCAAGAUGAUGCAAUACGUCGAGAAACGUUUCCCGGACGAUCUGGAGCUGAACAGGCAAUUCUUGGAGCUGGUCAACUACAUCUACCGUGACGAGAGUCUGAAAUCAAGCGAUCUGAACAACAAGCUGGAGCAGGCUUUCUUAUCGGGCUUGCGUUGCGUUCAGCCGCAGGUGAGGGCAAAAUUUUUCGAGGUAUUGGAUGCGUCGAUGGGAAAGAAGUUGCACGAGAGACUCGUGUACAUCAUCAGUAUCCAGAAUUGGGAGAAUAUAGGUCCGCAUUAUUGGAUCAAGCAAUGCAUCGAACUGAUCUUAGCGUCCGCGAACCCGAACGCGCACAUACAGAUGACCAAUCAGGACCUGCUACUUCCCAGCAUCACGUCCAUUAUCCACAUGGGCAUGGACAAAGACAACAAGGAGCACAAGAACUUCAUGGCGUACUGCGCCGUGAAGGAGGAGCCCAUAGACACCUCCGAACCGGUCAACGAUGCGCCUGAGGCGGACCUGUCUGAGAUGGAUCUGUCCAACAUGUCCAUCUCGGAGUUUACCACCACCGUGGACGACAUCAUGGCGCAAAGCAGCCUAGCUGAUAUGAUCAACAAACAGAAAAGUUUCAUCGAACGCGCCAAGAAGAUCAAGACUGAGCAGCUUCUCCUGGCGGUGGUCCAGCUAUGUCACAUGGACACGAAUCUAGCGGAACGCGUCUGGCUGGACAUAUUCCCGCGCCUGUGGAGCAUCCUCGACGAGCAUCAUCAGAGUCUGCUGACCGCAGAAGUGGUACCGUUCAUCGCUAGCGGUGCGCACGUCAUUCAGAAAGACUGCCACCCGAGCGCGCUCGGCACGUUCCUCGAGGCGUUGUCACAUUGCAGUCCGUCGGUGGCCAUUAAGCCAUACGUGAUGAAGUACCUGGGUAAAUCACACAACGUGUGGCACCGAAUGACACUCACCCUCGAGCAAAUGGCUUUCGAACCCGACAACAUUACCUACGUGAAGGGCAGAAACGAGCCCGCUCUAUACCACGAACAACCUGUGCCCGCGGAAGAAUUGCCUAACGAGACGAUGGACGCCCUCGCGGACAUGUACUCGUUGCUGCUGGAGGAGGACAUGUGGUCCGGUAUCUGGCAGAAGCACGCCUACUACAAGGAGACUUUGCACGCGAUUGCGCUGCAGCAGCAAGGCUUCUUCGAGCAGGCCCAGGGAGCUUACGAUGUGGUCAUGACGAAAUUCCAGCAGGAUUGGGUGUCGACUCCGUCGCCUUACAAGAUUCAAAAGGAAGUGGUGAUGAUUGCGAACCAAUGGAUACGCUGCGCGAAGGAGCUGAAUCAAUGGGACAUGCUGCUGGAGUACAGCACCACGAAGGACUUUAGAGAUCCUUUCGUGGCCCUGGAGAGUUCCUGGCGCAUUUCUAAUUGGGCCGUCAUGAAGGAAGCACUCGCGCUUGUCGAACACAAUUGUCCGAAAGAAAUGACUUGGAAGGUAAAUAUGUACCGCGGAUUCUUAGCCAUAUGCAACAGCGAGGAACAGCAUUUGAAUGCAGUGGAGCGCUACGUCGAAAUCGCUUCUAGUUUGUGCAUGAGAGAGUGGCGAAAACUUCCUCACGUCAUCAGUCACAUUCACCUGCCGUUGCUGCAGGCGGCGCAGCAAAUAAUGGAGCUGCAAGAGGCAGCUCAGAUUCAUCAAGGCUUGAUGCUAGCCAGAGCCACGUCUCUCCAUGAUAUGAAAGCCAUUGUGAAGACGUGGCGUAAUCGCUUGCCCGUGAUCGCGGACGACCUCAGCCACUGGUCGGAUAUCUUCGCUUGGCGGCAGCAGCACUACAAUUUCAUCGCCAAUCACUACGAGUCCCAACCAGACCCGCACCCGACGCCAACCCACUCCGUGCUCGGCGUUCACGCGUCCAUGCAGUCGAUCAUACAUUACGGCAAAAUCGCUCGGAAGCAGAACCUGUACGGCGUGUGCUUGGACUCGCUGUCGAAGAUCUACACGAUCCCGAGCGUGCCCAUGAUCGAUUGCUUCCAGAAAGUCCGCCAGCGCGUCAAGUGUUACAUGCAGAUGGCCACGAUGGGCGGCCAGAAUGAACUUCAGGAAGGACUGGACGUCAUUGAGUGCACCGACAUGCGUUACUUCUCGAAGGAGAUGACCGCUGAGUUUUACGCGCUCAAGGGUCUGCUUUUGUCACAACUCGGCCGUUCCGACGACGCCAACAAAGCCUUCUCCACAGCGGUGCAGCUGCAUGACACUCUGGUAAAGGCGUGGGCCUUGUGGGGCGAUUACCUCGAGCAGAUUUUCGCGCGUGACGCCCGCCAGAUCUCCAUCGGCAUAGCGGCGAUCACGUGUUUCUUGCACGCCGCCCGUCAUCAGAACGAGACUAAGUCGAGAAAGUACAUCGCUAAGGUCAUCUGGUUGCUCACAUACGACGACGACAAGUCGUCGUUGAUGGAGACGUUGGACAAGUAUUCGGUAGGCGUGCCGGCGAUUCAAUGGUUGCCAUGGGUGCCACAGUUGCUCAUGUAUCUCGUGCGCAAUGAGGGCAACAGCAUACUGAACUUGCUGAGUCAGGUCGGCCGCAUGUUCCCGCAAGCGGUGUACUUCUCUAUACGGACUUUAUACUUGACCUUGAAAAUAGAACAGAGAGAGCGAUACAACAGUGAGCUGACUGCAGGUAAGAUUCAGGAGAGCAGUCAAGAAGACCGUGCCACUGGUAAUGCGUCGCAGCAAGGAGCAUCAGAAACCGGCCACACCGUACGAGCAACGGCACCAAUGUGGAGGUGCUCCAAAAUUAUGCACUUGCAGAGAGAUAUUCACCCCACUGUGCUGAGUUCUCUCGAGGGUAUCGUGGAUCAAAUGGUAUGGUUUCGCGAAACAUGGUACGAAGAAGUGUUGAGACAGCUGACUCAAGGACUAGCUAAAUGUUAUGCAUUAGCAUUCGAGAACCGCGGUUCAGUGAGCGAGGCAACCAUUACUCAACACACCUUGAACUUUGUCAAAAAAUUAGUAUCAACCUUCGGCAUAGGAAUUGAGAAUAUAUCGUCUUCCCAAAAUACAUCAUUCUACUCGGCGGCUUCAGAAUCCUUGGCGCGUAGAGCGCAGGAUACUGUGCAAGAUCCCGUUUUUCAUAGGAUGAAGGGACAAUUCACAAGCGACUUCGACUUUACUGUGCCAGGAGCCAGAUUACUUCACAAUUUGAUCAGCAAACUGAAGAAAUGGAUAAAAAUUCUCGAAGAAAAAACCAAACAGCUACCUAGGUCUUUCUUGAUAGAGGAGAAGUGUCGUUUCUUGAGCAACUUUAGUCUCAAAACUGCCGAAGUAGAACUACCUGGUGAAUUCCUCAUACCUCGACACUCGCAUUACUCCGUGAAGAUAGCACGAUUUAUGCCGCGUGUUGAGGUGGUUCAACGGCACAACACGGCCGCCAGAAGGCUACGCAUUCGCGGCCAUAACGGACGUCUAUACCCUUACUUGGUAGUCAACGAUGCCAGCGUAGGAGAUGCGAGGCGUGAGGAACGAGUGUUGCAGUUGCUGCGGAUGCUGAACCACUAUUUGGCCAAGCAGAAGGAGACCUCACGGAGGUUCUUACAUUUCACGGUGCCGCGACUAGUCGCCGUCUCGCCGCAGAUGAGGCUCGUGGAAGAUAAUCCAGCCGCGGUGUCACUUCUCGAUGUAUUCAAACAGGGUUGUGCCAAACUGGGCAUGGAACACGACGCGCCGAUCGCCAGGUACUACGAAAAACUGGCCGCGGUGCAAGCUCGUGGGAUCCAAGCGAGUCAUCAAGUGCUGCGAGACAUUUUGAAAGAGGUGCAAAGCACGAUGGUCUCGAAGACAAUGCUAAAGGAUUGGGCGAGGAAAACCUUCCCUGGCGCCACUGAUUAUUGGACGUUUAGGAAAAUGUUUACGCUACAACUGUCCUUGACUUGUUUCGCUGAGUACGUGCUUCAUCUAACGAGGCUCAAUCCUGACAUGAUGUACAUGCACCAGGACUCUGGUCUCAUCAAUAUCGCCUAUUUCAAGUUCGAUAUCGACGACAUUUCCGGGGAACUGGAUGCAAACAGACCAGUACCUUUCCGCCUGACACCUAAUAUAUAUGAAUUUAUAACAACCACAGGAGUAUCGGGCCCUUUAACCGCCAGUGCGAUCGCUACGGCUCGCUGUUUGGUGCAACCGUCGUAUCAGUUACACGCUAUACUGCGCGCGAUUCUGCGCGAUGAGGUAAUCGCAGAGCACAAAAGGCAGGAAGAUACCGAGAGCACGUCGCAAACGCCGACUGACCUGAAGGGCGAGCUGCUGAUCAAGAUGGUGACUCAUGCGGUCACCGCGAUCAUCUCGCGAUUGAACUCACUGGCCAACUUCGAUGGGAUUGACAGUAAAGUCAGCACGUUGGUUGCCGCUGCCAACAGCCACGACAAUCUCUGCAGAAUGGACCCGUCGUGGCAUCCGUGGUUGUAACAUAGCAGAAUAGAACAUGGACUGACAAUGCAUGGCCUAAUCGUAUGUCUAACGAGCAGAACAGGAGAAUUAGGCUGUCACGUCGUUCUUAAUUCUCACUUUAUUUGACAGCCUAAUUUUGCUCGGAGCACUCGUUGGACAUACUACCUUGCGUGCGAUGUUCGCUUUUGGAUAGCUAGGAGAACGUUGAACGAUGGAAGAAGAUAGAAAAUAAGUUAGACGCAAUGAAUAUUUAUAGAUUAUACUUGCAUAUAUAGGCUGUCUUGCAACUCGCGCCGUUCAUUCUAAUAAUUUGUUGAUAAGUGGACAAUUCUUUUGUUCUUUAACUAAAAAUAUCGGAAAGAUGACGGAUAAUCUCGAAACUAUACCAGUGACUGAGAAAGGCUUCCCGCAUACUUGAUUUUUUCGUGGGACCAAAUUGAUUAAAGAAAAUUGAUUAAAAAUGUAUUUUUCAAAUGAUCUCAACUGAAAUACGUUUUGACUCCUGUUUUCUCGUCACAAGGAUCUGAACAAAAUUCUUCGUGAUACACUGAGCAAAAAAAGAUAUCACCGCUCUGUAAAGACCCUUGAAAAGAGUUUCCUCUCCGCUCCAAUGAUCAAUAAAAUUGACCGUAAAUCUUACAUAUAGUAUAAUGUAUAGUUACUGUGUUUUAAUUAAGUAUUAAUAAGAUCGCGUUAAUUUUACGGCUAUUGAUCGAAUAUCGUCCGAGCGAAAAGGAUACUCUCGGAAUAUGUUGCCAUCUGCUCGGUCAAUCGCCCCUCAACGGAGCAGUUAACUUGAAGAUUGCUCGCGAGGAGGUGCUCUCAUAUGUUUCUAAGAGUUGCGAGACAAUCUAUAUAUCAAUAUACGUGUUACCUGAACAUAUGUAAAAAAAAAAGCGGCAAGUCGAACCUGUAAAGUGCGAAUUUUAUAUAUUGCAACGAUUGACUCUUAUUCUGUAUAUUUGUUACACUGCUCAUCCCAUUUCUCCACAUACGACUAUUGAUACGACACUUCGCUGUAACAUAAAGUUCAAGUUCUCUCAGUGUAUCGUCGGUCAUGUGUAGUCUGGAGCUUGAGCGACGACGAUGUAUGAUCUCGCCUUAAUAUUUACGGUGCAGGAAUACAAUUUACAAUCAACUGAA